CCAUUUUGCUAACAGUGACAAUCGAUUCCGGUCGAUUCAGAUUGCCGCGUGUUUUCCUGUCUUAAGUUGUGUUUACUCUGAACAGAUAUAUUUUCUGAAAUUUAACCCGAAAACACUGGCUGUUUCCGUUUUGAUACUGAAAUGUUUACGCUGUACAUACGGAUAAUUUAUAUCGGGUAAAUUUCGCUGUAAAUUUCGUAAACUGAGUGAAUGAACAACCUUAAAUACCCGAAUUUGGACAACAGAGAUAUUUGCUAUUAACAACAAUGGGUGUCCGGGGUUUGCUGAGUACAUGUUUGAAAGACGCGGACGCAUGCAGUGACACUUAUGAUCUAGUGCAAGUGGCUCAGCAGCGGGGAGGAAUUGAAUUGAUCGUCGACUUCAACUCAUUCAAAUAUCACAUUCUGUCAAAGUUUUGGAAAGGUUUAAGCCAGAAUCGUGGCAAUCAUUACCUGCGUAUUCUAGGUGGAGAGUAUGCCUCACUGGACGAAUAUGUUACAAAAUUAGUGAAGGACCUUAUAUCUCUGGAUAUUCAUCUGGUGUUUUACAUUGAUGCUGAGAAAGGGAGUUCUAAUGAGUGAUUAGAGCAGAAACUUGACACCUGGAAAGAGAGGCAUGGAAAAGACAUCAAGAAGAUGUCACAGAUUCUUGAUGUUUUGUGGUGGGAGACUGAAAUAAGCAAGCUGUCCACGUACACAAACAUUAACCCACUUCUCCUGGAUGACCAGCUUAUAGCUACCCUGAGUUUGUGUGGAUGUGAGAUACACCAAUCACCCGCGGGAGAAGCAGAUUUACUCAUCGUCCGAGCUUUUAGAGACAGGCCCAAAGCAUUUGCAAUACUGAGCAAUGACUCUGACUUUUGUGUGUUCAUGGACAAUAGGCUGAUUCCAGACCCUGUCAUUCAUCAGUUCAAGGGAAGUAGGCUGAUUUCAGAUAAGCUGUUUGACAUAGGGAAUCACCUUCAGCUUGGUAAGCCACGUGAGUUACCAGUAAAACCACGGAGGUUAUUAGUCAAGGUCAUUUCUACAGAGAAGGUCAUGACCAUGUUGAAUUUGGAAAAACACGAGCUUCUAGUAGAAAUGAGUAUUGUUGCCGGUAACGACUACACAGGACCAUAUAUUCAAAGAUAUUUACGCGAUCCUUAUACUGAUUACAACGGAAGAUUUAAGGACUAUGUCCCUGGAGGACCUAACAUACCGAACUAUGCACGCUGGAUCCAAACGUACCAAAAAGCUGAAGAGAAUUGGUACUUGGCUGAGUGUAUGGAAGACCAUCCUGCUUUCAAAAAGGCCGUUGACUACAGCAGGAAUUUAUACAACCUAAAAGGGGAACCAGACAAAUGUCCUCAAAAAGGAGACUUUUCUCAGGUAAUAGAGAAGAAGAUUCGCUCUGGAUCCGGCCAGUAUCCUAGCAACAUCAUGAGCAUGCACAACAACUUUUACUGGUACCGCAUGUUACUGGAGGACAACAGGCGAGGGGCGCCGUGUGCGGAGUUGUCUCUCACACCGCUACGUGCUCACCUUUACCGCAUUGUCCUGCCGAAGGAGGAGAAGCUGGUCAAGGAACAUGGCCGUAGGCCAUUUAAUCAUCUUGCAAUAGCUUGGAUGGAAGCAAAAGAAAAUGCCCCUUUCCUUGACGAUAUCCAGCCAGGCAAUAUCUUGGACAAUCUCCGAACGUUUCACCUCAUCUGGUCACAUCAAGAAUGUGAUGCGACUGUGAACUGGUUCGAGCGUUAUGGGCGAAAGAAGGGUUUCAUUUGCUACAUUCUCCGCUACUUUCUGCUGCUGAACUGGAGACAGAACCUCCAGGUGAUAAAGGACGAGUUCCUUGCACUCGUUGCAAUGGUGAUGGGGUGCUUGGAUGAAAAGAAAUACCAGGCUAUCGUCAUCCGGCCGACUGUACGCUGUGUCACCAUCGGCAACUGGAUGCAGGAUGUGUAUCGCCAUGGUUACAACAUGUUUGGAAGUGUUCUGUACAUUCGCAAAGAGUUUCCCAAGCCAAGCGAGCUGUUUAGUGGCGCUGUAUGGACAGCCAUGUAUAUGGCCUGUCAGGAUGACACGUUCCAGGAUGCUUUUCGUGGUGUUUCGUUAGAAGUGUUGAAGCAGAUUAAGGAGGAAAAGAGCUCUGUUAUCCGAGAAAACAAUGGGGUUUCGUCAGGAGUGUUGGAUCGGACUAAGAAGGAAAUGAGCACUGCUAAACGAGAAAACACUGAGGUUUUGUCAGAAGUGUUGGACAUGAUUAAGAAGGAAAAGAACACUGUUAUCGAUGAUAACCGUGACAUGAUCAUAGGCAUAGUGCAUGGUGUUUUCCCGUUAUACGAUGAGAAACUGUGAUUAAAUCAGCAAGGACAAAUUACACUUGUGGGAUGCAAUUUUCUGUCCGCAUCUCCUGACUGAUUAUAUGACAUUCAUUAAAAACGAACGUCCAUAGUGUUGAGGACAUUUGAUGACAUAGAAAUGUUAUAGUGUGCCUUCAUCUUAUGAUUUUUUUUGCGGCAUAGCCGGUUUUGUAAUGACUACAUGGCAUUUUGAGCAGACUUUAAACGCCGCAUAACUCAGAUUCUCAAUGUGUCUCCAAGGUCUCCAAGCCUAUGUCAGAAGGUUGUGUACAUAAAUUGUUUGUUUAUCAACAGGCUGCCUUGUAUUAUUAUGCUGAUGUCAGUCCUCUAUCUGUGUGCGAUAAAAAAAACUCUUGAUGGUGGCAUGAACACUCCUGAGGUAGAAAGAAACAUUCA